AUGGCUGUUUCCUUCUAUGAGGGAGCCAUAAUGAAUGUAUGUUUGUGAGCGUGUCUGUGAGUGCACGCGCGUGUUUUACUAAUAAAGUGAUUUUUACAUGGUUUCUUGUGCAGAGUUUUUUUGCAUACUGACCAAAAUACACCCUUUGCUCUCUGACCAAAAUGCACACAGGUUGUAUGUGUGUGUGUGUACGUCUGCGUGCACGUGUGUGUCGGUAUGUGUGCUUUUGUAUGCAUGCAUCCACGUGUGUACACUUGACAGACGUUUUGCCUGGUGUGACACAAUUUCACAAAUGUGUAAAUGUACAUCAAUAAUGUUCCUCUCAUUAAGCUGCCACACAAAACUCUGAGUUGUUAUCGCGACGCUGAAAGUGUGCCACCCAUAUUUGCUUUGACAGGUGAAGUACCACGAGGACUUUGAGCGGACGAGGGGCCGAGGCUGCACCCCAGUGAUGGAGGACCAAAGCAUGGAGAGAAUGCACCACCGGAACAACCUAAUGAUGAGUGAGGCAGCCUACAAGGGAGUGCACCCACAGGUGGUGGAGAUGGACAGGAGACCUGGAGGCAUCAUCGUAGGUGAGUGGCACACAAAAUGGCGGGCACCACCCGUCCUCAAAAAGGAUUUGAACUUAAACUUCAUCUCAUCUUUGAAGAAUUUGUGAUGUCCUUUAAACAAAGUUACAGUUUUUCUAUGAAAUUGCUGUCUAGUGUCUAGCAAUUGUGGGUUGUUUAGUGUCAGUCACUACAAGGAUACAAGCCACAGGAGGUUGGUGGUAACUUAAUUGGGGAGGAUGGGCUCGUGGUAAUGGCUGGAGCGGAAUAGGUGGAAUGGUAUCAAAUACAUGGGUAACAUGUGUUUGAUGCCAUUCCAUUUGCUCCGUUCCAGUCAUUAUUAUGAGCCGUCCUCCCCUCAGCAGCCCCCACUGAUACAAGCCCAGAUGUGUACACGUUACAUUUGUGGAAACUGAAAAUAUCUAUUGUGACAGGUUUCUCACUCUGCAGAUGGAAGUUCCAAGUUGGACUCUACUCACCUUGCACGAAACUCUAUGUGUUUUCCAUAUCUAAUCUACAUGACUUCAACUGUGUAUUUCUGUUAUCAAUUUCCAGUCUUUUCUCUCUAAAUGACCUCUCCCUGACCUUUCCCCUGUCAAAGGCCUUAAGGUGCGGUGGACAGACCCAUGUUCCAUCUUUGACUUUGACCCUGUGGAGGAUAACAUUUCAGUCUAAAAGUCUUCACAGACUGUCUGGUGCUACAAACCCUAUGAGAGGGUGGAAUACCUCCCGAGUGGCCCAAUGGGGCGGCGCACAAUUGGCCCAGCGUCGUCCAGGGUAGGGGAGGGAAUGGCCGGCAGGGAUGUAGCUCAGUUGGCAGAGCAUGGCGUUUGCAACGCCAGGGUUGUGGGUUCGAUUCCCACGGGGGGCCAGUAUGAAAAUAAAAAAGAAUAAUAUAUGCACUAACUGUAAGUCGCUCUGGAUAAGAGCGUCUGCUAAAUGACGUAAAUGAGAUGUUUUCAUCUCUCCACACACCUUAUAUAGACUACUGUAUAUCGCCCUCCUACUUGACCUUUAUUACCCUACUUGACCUGUACUCUACUUAUCUCUUCUACCUUCAGUUGCAUUUCAUCCUCCUCAUGUUCUCUGUGUUCUUUCCAUUGCCUCUCUGUCAUUUUCCUGACUGUUAUAUUUAUCCUACUGUCUCUACGCCCUCUUGUGGCGGCGCCCGGCAGCAGUCGGUGCUCUCGCAGGCCCAGUCAGUUAACUUAGUUAGAGUUGGGCCAAUAACCGAAAGGUCGCUCGUUUGAAUCCCUGAGUCGACAAGGUGAAAAAUCUGUCGCUGUGCCCUGGAGCAAGGCACUUAACCCUAAUUGGUCCAAGGUCGCGGUUGAUAAUGUCUGGCCGUGACCCCACUCUCUGAGGGUGUCUCGGGGAAGUUGGGACAUGCAAAAAACACAUUUCCAAAUAGGAAAAAUACUGCACUGCUCAAAAAAAUAAAGGGAACACUAAAAUAACACAUCCUAGAUCUGAAUGAAUGAAAUAAUCUUAUUAAAUACUUUUUGCUUUACAUAGUUGAAUGUGCUGACAACAAAAUCACACAAAAAUUAUCAAUGGAAAUGAAAUGUAUCAACCCAUGGAGGUCUGGAUUUGGAGCCACACUACAGGCUGAUCCAACUUUGAUGUAAUGUCCUUAAAACAAGUCAAAAUGAGGCUCAGUAGUGUGUGUGGUCUCCACGUGCCUGUAUGACCUCCCUACAACACCUGGGCAUGCUCCUGAUGAGAUGGCAGAUGGUCUCCUGAGGGAUCUCCUCCCAGACCUGGACUAAAGAAUCCGCCAACUCCUGGACAGUCUGUGGUGCAACGUGGCGUUGGUGGAUGGAGCGAGACAUGAUGUCCCAGAUGUGCUCAAUUGGAUUCAGGUCUGGGGAACGGGCGGUCCAUAGCAUCAAUGCCUUCCUCUUGCAGGAACUGCUGACUCCAGCCACAUGAGGUCUAGCAUUGUCUUGCAUUAGGAGGAACCCAGGGCCAAUCGCACCAGCAUAUGGUCUCACAAGGGGUCUGAGGAUCUUAUCUCGGUACCUAAUGGCAGUCAGGCUACCUCUGGCGAGCACAUGGAGGGCUGUGCGGCCCCCCAAAGAAAUGCCACCCCACACCAUGACUGACCCACCGCCAAACCGGUCAUGCUGGAGGAUGUUGCAGGCAGCAGAACGUUCUCCAUGGCGUCUCCAGACUCUGUCACAUCUGUCACGUGCUCAGUGUGAACCUGCUUUCAUCUGUGAAGAGCACAGGGCACCAGUGGCGAAUUUGCCAAUCUUGGUGUUCUCUGGCAAAUGCCAAACGUCCUGCACGGUGUUGGGCUGUAAGCACAACCCCCACCUGUGGACGUUGGGCCCUCAUACCACCCUCAUGGAGUCUGUUUCUGACCGUUUGAGCAGACACAUUCACAUUUGUGGACUGCUGGAGGUCAUUUUGCAGGGCUCUGGCAGUGCUCCUCCUGCUCCUCCUUGCACAAAGGUGGAGGUAGCGGUCCUGCUGCUGGGUUGUUGCCCUCCUACGGCCUCCUCCACGUCUCCUGAUGUACUGGCCUGUCUCCUGGUAGCGCCUCCAUGCUCUGGACACUACGCUGACAGACACAGCAAACCUUCUUGCCACAGCUCGCAUUGAUGUGCCAUCCUGGAUGAGCUGCACUACCUGAGCCACUUGUGUGGGUUGUAGACUCCGUCUCAUGCUAACACUAGAGUGAAAGCACCGCCAGCAUUCAAAAGUGACCAAAACAUCAGCCAGGAAGCAUAGGAACUGAGAAGUGGUCUGUGGUCACCACCUGCAGAACCACUCCUUUAUUGGGGGUGUCUUGCUAAUUGCCUAUAAUUUCCACCUGUUGUCUAUUCCAUUUGCACAACAGCAUGUGAAAUGUAUUGUCAAUCAGUGUUGCUUCCUAAGUGGACAGUUUGAUUUCACAGAAGUGUGAUUGACUUGGAGUUACAUUGUGUUGUUUAAGUGUUCCCUUUAUUUUUUUGAGCAGUGUAUAUAAGCACCCACCAAAUUAUUAUUAUUAUUAUUAAAUGGGAUUUGUUUUCGGGGUCCACAACAAAACAGGGCCAAAUUAUUUGAGGUCAUACAGAUGCUUGGACUCAACACACCAAUAACAAGCAUGUGUGCACACACAGGGUGGAAGGAGAAUACAUCAUUUAUUCAUAUUUUAAUUAUUUCAUCCAUGACUAUCAGUGUGAGCCCUGAUCCCCCCUCUUACCUUACUCCUCUCCCAGCACGUGUCUGACCAACAGAGUGCCUCCCUCUCCCCAUCUCUCUACAACCUGACCAACAGAGUGCCUCCCUCUCCCCCAUCUCUCUACAACCUGACCAACAGAGUGCCUCCCUCUCCCCCAUCUCUCUACAACCUGACCAACAGAGUGCCUCCCUCUCCCCCAUCUCUCUACAACCUGACCAACAGAGUGCCUCCCUCUCCCCCAUCUCUCUACAACCUGACCAACAGAGUGCCUCCCUCUCCCCCUUUUCUCUACAACCUGACCAACAGUACACUAAUAGGUUGUAUACAGAAGUCCCUAACCCAAUAUUUGAAAGACUCCAAGGGUUUUGGAGAUGGUUGUGGUGUUUAAACCCUAACACUCUCACAGUUCUCUUCUCUACCCACAGAAAUACCUAACAGUCAGUGACUUUUUGAUUCAUGUCCAGGUCAACUGGGGAUGGCAUGGUUCCAUUCUGAUUCCAUUGUGAUGUAAUGUUCUAACAGCCACCUAGUAUGCACAGUGAGACUCAAAGGAGAUGGUAUUCCUGCUCAAAAACAGUUUUGAGCACUAAAUGAAAGGUCUCAAACUUUUGUCAUCAAUGUCUUUGUGUCUUCCUGUCUGUCUUUGACUACCAGCUCCUGUGCUACCUGGGGCGUACCAUCAGAGUGCCCAGCCACAGCAGCCGGGGUACGGCUAUAUGCACCAGACCAGCAUGUCCUCUGUGAGGUCUGUGCAGUCCCCCCCAUCUGUCACCAUGGUGAGUUCCAAUGCAAGCAGUCUAUUCUUGUAGGUUUUGUGAAUUCAUACAGGAUCUUAUUUGUAUGCCAUGGCCAAUUCAAUUAGGAAACUAUCCAAAAUAUGUCACUCAUAUUUGUUUGCAAAUUGUUUUUGUGAAUUCACACAAUCAGCUACUUGUGUGCCCUGAUAUUUAUGUUGUAUAAUUAAUGUUGUAGACAUAAACACACACGAUUAACAUUGUUGCCAUUCCUCCCGUUCAGAGAGUGUACCGGGCGCUCUACGACUACGCAGCACAGGACCACGACGAGGUGUCUUUCCGCGACGGUGACGCCAUCGUCAAUGCUCAGCCUAUCGACGAGGGCUGGAUGUACGGCACC